UUCUUACAGAUAGCAGCAAAACACUGAGGCGAUAGUAGUAGCAAAGCACUUCCCCUAUUUGGAACCUUGUCCCAAAUUUUUCACACAUCAUAGCCGAAUGGAGAAGUCACUCAAAAAUGUGGAGAUUGUCACGAAUCCCGAUAGCAAUCACUGGCACGAAAUAGUGGAAUGGAUGGCCAAGGAAGUUGAAUGGCCCUUUACACAUGAGGACUUGGACACCUGGAAAAAAUCAUUUUGUGGGAAGUUUUGGUUAUAUGUUGCAGUUGUAAAAGAAACCAAACAAGCCAUUGGUUGCGUCAUGCUGAUGUCUGAACCGCCAGCUUCAGGAAAAGCGGACGAUAUAGUUUACAUACUGGGAAUCUACUAUGUUCGCGAAGAAUGGCGAAAAUAUGGCGUGGGAAAUGCUUUAUUCAGCAAAAUAAUGGAAGUGGCGCAUGGGUCUAAUGUUGCUUUGAUUGCAGAACCAAGCAUGUCGCCGAAGUACGCUUCAAAAUAUGGUUUUGAUAAAAUGCCAAAAUUUAGAAAUGACAUGGCAAUUAUUCCUACUGAGCAUAUUGUUAUUCCAAAAGCCGACCCGAAUUACAUCCUGAAGGAUAUUAAUGAAGUUGAUGCAAAGAAAUUAGCCGUUUACGACUCAUCGGCAUCUAUGUUCAAUCGUGCUGAGUAUUUGCUGAAUUUUAUUAGUUCCAGUAAUUGCUAUACCAAGGUGGCUGUAAACCAGUCUCGUGAAAUAGUAGGAUAUUGCUGUAUCAGAGCGGUUCUUGCAAAUUACCUCAUGAUGACACCCCUUUACGCGGACGACGAGGCCGUGGCAAGGACACUUCUCGCCGGAGUGCUUCCGAUGAUCAAGAACAUCAGAUCGUACAAGCGUCUGGAAUCAUACUACCCCGCAGUCAACAAACAAGCACACAGUCUCUUCGAAUCUCUCGGCGGUGGACAUACUAUGAUCAAAAUCCAUAGUCAAAGUGCAUUCACGAAGAAGAUAGUGCCCAUUGCAGGCGAAAAAGUAUUUGGAAUGCUUAUCAGUGCAAAUGGCUAUGUCUAGUUGUGAUUUUUGAAGAACGCUGACGGAUAAUAUGCAUUUCUCACUCGG